AUGGCAGAGCCAACUCGAAAGUAUGGCAUUUUGGUACUUGGGGCAACUGGUUAUACGGGGAAGUUAACAACACACUUCAUCGCUCAACAACUACCCAAUGACCUCCAGUGGGCCAUUGCUGGGAGAUCCAAGGCAAAGCUCCAUGAACUUGCAGCAGAAUUGAGAUCAUCCCACCCGGACAGGUCACAACCAACCAUUGAAAUCGUUGACCUGGAACAUAAGAAGCAGGUCGAAGAUGUCGUGCAACAAGCACGAGUCUGCAUCAGUGUCGUGUCUUAUUGGACAGUCGGAACUACAGUGGUGGACGCGUGUGUCAGGCACCGAACUGACUAUGUUGAUACUUCUGGAGACAUCCCUCUUAUCCACUCGUGGAUUAAAAACUACCAUGAGGCUGCCAAAGCGUCCGGUGUAGCUCUGAUCCACGCUUGUGGCGUGUUUGCGGGACCCGAGGAUCUGCUUUCAUGGGCGGCAGCCCGUGAAUUAAGAGAUUCGUUUGGCGGAAGCACAAAGGAGGUCGUCUUCGCAGUUAAGGAACUGACUUCUGAUCCUAGCGGUGGCACCUUUGAAUCUAUCCUACAGGGUGAAGCAGACCAAUUACAGAUCGAUCAGGCCAAUGAAUCGAAGGAUCCAUGGCAUCUAUCUCCAAUAAAAGGCACCACUGUAUCUCCUCAAACAAACAUGCUCCACCUACGCAAAGACCCCGAUCUUGGUCUGCUAUCGGACUCCACAGUUGGUAUUUUGACAAAUCGCGCCAUUGUUCAUAGGACCUGGGGUCUACUGCAAGGCUCGAGGAGCGAAUAUGGGCCGAACUUCCAGUAUAACGAGUAUCAGAGCGUUAACUCGACAUUGGGUGGACUUUCAGAGCUUAUCAAGUCAAGUGUUAUAGAGACCCUGAUGUCCAGUCCGCUUUUGUUGAAACUAUUGCGUCUCUUCAUGCCAGCUCCAGGGUCUGGUCCCGAUAUCAAACAAUCCGAGAAAAUACCUGUCAAAUUUCAAGCGAUGGCUAAACCAGACAAUGAGAGCUCCCCGAAGGUUUUUGCGAGCUUUUCUUAUCCGUCCGGUUCCUAUCACACCACGGCGCUUUUUCUUAGCCAAGCUGCGGCAUCAUUGUUGUAUACUAAAUCACUUGAGGGUGGAUUAAAGGGCGGUUGCCUGACGCCUGCCACUCUGGGGCCAGACUUCUUGGAGAGGAUCAGAUCAUCUGGAGCUACAAUAACGCUUUCAUCACCCCGACAAUGA